GGUGGUGUACAACCGAACCUCUCGGAAAAUGUCCAAUGCCCCAGGGGUGCACAUCCGUGUGCCUGGAUUCGGCAAGACCUAUUCCGUGGAAUACCUGGAUCAGAGCAAGCUGGCAGGUUACCUGCACACCCUGGUGCAGAACCUGGUGAACAACGGCUACGUGAGGGACCAGACGGUUCGGGCAGCCCCCUACGACUGGAGGGUCGGGCCCCAGGAGCAGCCCGAGUAUUUCCAGAACCUGAAGGCACUGAUCGAGGAGAUGCACGAUGAGUACCAGCGACGUGUCUUCCUCAUCGCGCACAGCUUGGGCAACCUGAACAUCCUCUACUUCUUGCUACAGCAGACGCAAGCCUGGAAAGACCAGUACAUUGGGGGGUUCAUCUCCCUGGGUGCCCCCUGGGGAGGGUCCGUCAAGCCCCUGCGUGUCCUGGCAUCCGGUGACAAUCAGGGCAUCCCGCUCAUGUCCAACAUCAAGCUGCGUGAAGAGCAGCGCAUGACCACCACCAGCCCCUGGAUGUUCCCGACGAGCCUGGCCUGGCCCGAGACCCACGUUUUCAUCUCCACGCCCUCGUACAAUUACACCUACCGAGACUACCAACGCUUCUUCACCGACGUCAACUUGGAGGAUGGCUGGUACAUGUGGGAGGACAUGAAGGACUUGCUGAAAGGCUUACCUCCUCCCGGAGUGGACACGUAUUGCCUCUACGGCACGGGCUACCCCACCGUGGAGACUUACAUAUAUGACGAGCGUUUCCCUUACGAGGACCCCGUGGACAUGAUUUAUGGUGACGGGGACGACACCGUCAACACACGCAGUUUGGAGUUGUGCAAGCGAUGGCGCGACCAGCAAAAGCAGAAGGUGCACGUCCAGGAGCUGCGAGGCGUCGACCACCUCAACAUGGUCUUCAGCAACCUGACGCUCAGUUCCAUCAACGAAAUCCUGCUGGGAAGCGCAGAGGAGGAUCCGGGGCGGGUGAGCUCCAGCCCAGAGGCAGGGAAGGAGGGGAAGAUCCUACGUGGACGGAAGGUCCUUAAGGAGCCCAAGAAGAACUGA